AUGCGCGCGGCAUUUAAGCACGCUGGGAACGCAGUCACGGAAGGUGCAAGUGUGCUGUAACCGUGAUCUGUGUAGUCUACAUAUCUUCGUUCAGUUAUUAGACAACGGUUUACGUUUUUGCCAAACUGCGGGUGCAAUGCCGCCUACCAUUUAUCAAUCUGGCGAUACGGCUGUCGCACCGAGUCCUCUCCACAAGGAACUGGAAUCUGUUCUCCAUGAACGAAUCUUGGUGCUGGAUGGUGGGAUGGGUACCAUGAUCCAACAGCAAUCCCUUUCAGAAGAUUCCUUCAGAGGGCAAGAAUUUGCAGACCAUGGAAAACCCUUAAAAGGAAAUAAUGAUAUUUUAAGCAUCACCCAGCCUGACAUAAUCUACAAAAUUCACAAGGAAUAUUUGCUAAGUGGAGCAGAUAUAGUUGAAACCAACACUUUCAGCAGUACCAGUAUUGCCCAGGCGGACUAUGGUCUGGAACAUAUGGCUUACCGCUUAAACAAGAUCUCAGCAGAAGUAGCCAGAAGAGCAGCGGAUGAUGUAAUCUCUGAAACAGGAAUUAAAAGAUAUGUAGCAGGAGCUAUGGGGCCCACAAACAAGACCUUGUCUGUUUCUCCAUCAGUUGAAAAACCAGACUUCCGAAAUAUUACAUUUGAUGAACUUGUGGAUGCCUAUGCAGAUCAGGCUAGAGGCCUCCUGGACGGUGGUGUGGACGUUUUGCUUGUAGAGACGGUUUUUGAUACAGCAAAUGCUAAAGCAGCUUUGUUUGCAAUUCAGCAACUGUUUGAAGAAGAGUACAAGCCUAGACCCAUAUUUGUUUCAGGAACCAUUGUAGACAAAAGUGGGCGAACACUUUCUGGUCAGACAGUUGAAGCUUUUGCAAUUAGUAUAUCACAUGCUAUACCACUAUGCAUUGGCUUAAACUGUGCUUUGGGUGCUCUUGAAAUGAGGCCUUUUAUUGAAACCAUUGGGAAAUGUACUACAUCCUACAUCAUAUGUUACCCAAAUGCUGGUCUGCCAAACGCAUUUGGUGGUUAUGAUGAGACGCCAGAGGUGACUGCUAAGCACAUCAAGGAGUUUGCAGUAGAUGGCUUGGUGAAUAUUGUUGGGGGUUGCUGUGGAACUACUCCAGCCCAUAUUAGGGAAAUUGCAGAAGCUGUGAAACACUGUAAACCACGGAUUCCUUCAAAAUCUGUCUUUGAUGGUAACAUGCUUCUUUCUGGCUUGGAACCCUUCAGAAUAGGACCUUACACCAACUUUGUGAAUAUUGGAGAGCGAUGCAAUGUAGCCGGCUCAAAAAAGUUUGCUAAACUGAUCAUGGCAGGAAAUUAUGAGGAAGCUUUGUCAAUUGCAAAAGCACAAGUUGAAAUGGGAGCACAAGUUUUGGACAUUAACAUGGACGAUGGAAUGCUGGAUGGGCCCAGAGCCAUGGCAAGAUUUUGUAAUUUUAUUGCAUCUGAACCAGAUAUUUCUAAGGUUCCCAUAUGCCUUGACUCAUCUAACUUUGAAGUGAUUGAAGCUGGUCUGAAAUGUUGUCAGGGUAAAUGCAUAGUAAAUAGUAUCAGUUUGAAAGAGGGAGAAGAGGAUUUCCUAACAAAAGCUAAAAAGAUAAAGCAAUUUGGUGCAGCAGUGGUUAUCAUGGCUUUUGAUGAAGUGGGACAGGCCACAGAUACAGAAUCAAAGGUCAGGAUAUGCACUAGGGCUUAUAACCUUUUGGUUACUAAACUAAAUUUGAAUCCCAAUGAUAUAAUUUUUGACCCAAAUAUCUUGACUAUUGGAACUGGCAUGGAGGAGCAUGAUAAUUAUGCCAUUAACUUUAUUGAAGCUACCAAAAUUAUAAAGGAUACUUUAAAGGGAGCUAAAGUCAGUGGUGGCCUUUCUAACCUUUCCUUUUCGUUUCGAGGGAUGGAAGCCAUUCGAGAAGCAAUGCAUGGGGUGUUUCUGUUUCAUGCUAUACAGAUUGGGCUUGAUAUGGGAAUCGUAAAUGCAGGAAGCCUUCCCGUUUAUGAUGACAUUGAUAAAGAGCUUCUUCAGCUGUGUGAGGAUCUCAUCUGGAACAAGGAUUCUGAAGCAACAGAAAAACUUCUAAAAUAUACACAGACAACAGGAAAAAGGGGUAAAAAGACCACCCAGAGUGAUGAAUGGAGAAAUUUGACUGUGGAGGCGAGACUGGAAUAUGCCCUUGUCAAGGGUAUUGAAAAGUAUAUUAUCGAGGACACAGAGGAAGCAAUGUCAAAUAAAGAGCUGUAUCGAAGACCACUCCACAUUAUUGAAGGCCCGCUAAUGAAUGGCAUGAAAAUUGUAGGAGAAUUGUUUGGAGCUGGAAAGAUGUUCUUGCCUCAGGUAAUAAAGUCAGCUCGGGUUAUGAAAAAGUCUGUGGGAUACCUUAUUCCCUUUAUGGAACAGGAAAGAAAAGAGAUGAGAGCUAUGUCAGGAAAUGUGGAUGAUGAUGGUGAUGAUGAUCCAUAUCAAGGAACAAUUAUACUAGCAACAGUAAAGGGUGAUGUACAUGACAUUGGGAAGAAUAUUGUUGGUGUGGUCAUGGGAUGCAAUAAUUUCAGGGUGAUUGACCUAGGUGUUAUGACUCCAUGUGAUAAGAUUUUGCGAGCUGCAAUUGAAAACAAAGCUGAUGUAAUUGGUCUAUCCGGUCUAAUCACACCUUCCCUUGAUGAAAUGAUCUUUGUUGCCAAAGAGAUGGAAAGAUUGUCGGUAAAGAUCCCGUUACUGAUUGGUGGAGCUACCACAUCAAAGACCCACACUGCUGUUAAAAUAGCCCCAUGUUACAGUGCACCAGUAAUCCAUGUCUUGGAUGCUUCCAAAAGUGUUGUGGUAUGUUCUCAACUUUUGGAUGAGGACGCUAGAGAUGAUUUAAUUGAAGAACUAACAGAUGAGUAUGAAGACAUCCGUCAAGAACAUUAUGAUUCCAUGAAGGAAAGAAGAUAUUUGACACUACAACAGGCUAGAGAAAAAGGUUUCCAUAUUGACUGGCUUUCCCAUCCUGUUCCAGUAAAACCCAAGCUGAUGGGAACACACGUUUUCAGAAAUUAUGACUUGGAGAAAUUAAGAAAAUACAUUGACUGGAAACCAUUCUUCGAUGUAUGGCAGCUCAAAGGAAAAUACCCAAACAGAGGUUUUCCAAAAAUCUUUAAUGACAAGUCUGUGGGUGAAGAGGCAAGAAAAGUCUAUGAUGAUGCUCAAAAUUUGCUACAGUUUGUAAUCAGUCAAAAGAAAUUUGAAGCCCGUGGUCUUGUAGGCAUCUGGCCAGCACAGAGUAUGCAAGAUGACAUUUUGUUAUAUGCCGAAGAAGAUGUCCUGAGCUCUUUAGAACCCAUUGCCAUUUUCCAUGGACUAAGGCAACAGGCAGAGAAAGAUUCUACAUCUACGGACCCCUACUAUUGUCUGUCUGACUUCAUUGCCCCACAGGAUUCUGGAAUACGUGACUACAUGGGUGUUUUUGCUGUAGCCAUUUUUGGUGUGGAGGACCUGAGCAAAGCCUAUGAGCUUAAGGGGGAUGACUACAACAGUAUCAUGCUUAAAGCCCUGGGGGACAGGCUAGCUGAGGCAUUUGCAGAAGAAAUUCAUGAACGGGUCAGAAAAGAGCUGUGGGGUUACUGCAGCUCUGAAGAUCUCAGUGUUGUUGAUCUGCGCAAGAUACGAUAUAAAGGCAUUCGCCCAGCCCUGGGUUACCCCAGCCAACCAGAUCACACAGAAAAGCUUACCAUGUGGAACCUGGCAAAAAUAGAGGAGGCAACAGGUAUAACACUUACAGAAUCUCUUGCAAUGUCACCAGCUGCUGCCAUUUCUGGUUUAAUAUUUUCUAGUCCAAUGUCCAAAUAUUUUUCUGUUGGAAAAAUUUGUAAAGAUCAGGUUGAAGAUUAUUCUCGUAGAAAGAAUUUUACAUUGGAAGAGGUUGAAAAAUGGCUUGGUCCCAUUCUCAGUUAUGACCCUGAUGAAUAAACCAAGGCAUCUAUCCUUUGGAAUCCUCCCACAUAACAAAGAGAAAGAACACCACUAAUAAUAUCUGUCAUCUAUUCCCUAUACUGAACUGAAGUACUGUAUUUGGACUCCACAAUUCCACUUCUUUCAUUUUAUGGAGCGUUUUUGACACUAAAAUGUACAGUGUUUUCUGAUUAAACUGUAAGAGCUAUUACAUUUCAAAUACAAAUAAACGUUUCAGAUGUUGCAUA